CAACCACGCGCAAAGGAUGAUGAUGAUGAUGAUGAUGAUGAUGCGAGUGGCAGCCAGCAGAGGGCUGGUGCGCGUGGUGACGGGCGUGAGCGCUGGGAGAAGAAUAGAGGGCGCAGCGGCAGCAGCAGUAGCGACAGUGCACAGCACAGCACGGAGCUGGCUGUCAUCAUCGUCGUGUUCAUGCAGGGCGACCAGCAACAGCAGCAACGACACAAACGACGACAACAGUGGUGUGCCGAUGGUGAUUGGGCCCGUGCGGGCUCACUACGAUGAGCAGGUCCGCCUUGACCGCUUACAGGAGAACGCAGCGCAGGUGACGCUGUGCGACGCCUUGGACGCGCUGCUCACCCACGUCAACGCCACAGUCCCGGACGAGGCGCCACCGCACCACGCGCGGUCCUCGAAGCCGGCGUCCCACUGGUCGUCCCGGCUCCUGGGCGCAUUUGGGCUGUCCAAGGGCCGGCAGACAACAAGCAUCAACGACCUGCCGGAGCAUUCCCAGGGGCUGUACAUCUACGGCAGCGUGGGGUCCGGCAAGACCAUGCUGAUGGACGUGUUCUAUGACCAUGUCAAGACCCCGCGCAAGCUGCGCUCCCACUUCCACCCCUUUAUGCUGGACGUGCACGCGCGCAUCCACGAGAAGAAGCUUGCUGGCAUUGCGGAUCCCAUGCCGCCAGUUGCGGAUGAUCUCAUUGAUGAGGCGCAGGUGCUCUGCUUCGACGAGUUCCAGGUGACGGAUGUUGCUGAUGCAAUGAUCCUGCGGCGGCUGUUCACGCUGCUGUUUGAGCGGGGCGUAAUCUUGGUCGCCACAUCCAACCGCCCGCCACCAGAGCUGUACAAGGGCGGCCUCCAGCGCAGCCAGUUUGUGCCGUUUAUCGCUCUGCUAGAGCGGCAGACGCGCGUCAUUGCCAUGAGCAGCGAGGUCGACUACCGCCUUGGCGGCAACCUCACCACCCACGCACAGCCCACGUUCCUCCACCCGCUCACAGAUACAAACAAGGCGGCGUUUCACGACCUGUACACCGCCAUGUGCGCACGCGAGAACAAGGACCCAGAGCCAAUGACCAUCCACUUUAAGGCAAGCGGGAUGCAGGGGAGAGGGAAGGAUGCCAUCCUUCCAACCCUUUGGCAGCGGCAAGGUGUGGCCAUGCUCAACCUGACGACGGCAAACUGGCCCAGCCCAACGCUCAAGGAGUUUUCCUGCGACUUCAAAUGGCCCAACAAGGUGUCGUAUGUGCCCCCUGGAACCAUUGGACGCGACGACGCAAUCCUUGUGCCAGACGGCUUUCUUGUGCCAGGCAAGUCGACUGGCAGUGUCUCGAUCAUCUACAACCCCUUUUCAGGCAGCCCCUCAUGCGUGAAGCUCACCACGGACAAGAACGGCUACUUCUACCACAUGGGUAUCUGGCGGGACAUGAACCACGACGGCCGCCUUGACCUCCUCACCGCGCGUGUCAACAAACCCAUCAUCGGGCGCAGCACCGGCGAGCUCCUCUGGCUCGAGCAGCCGCCAGCCAACCCACUCUCCAAUGUGCCGUGGAAAGAGCACGUUAUCACACAGGGGCCAGAAGUCAUCUUCAAACUCCUCAGCCAGGCCGAUUUCACACCGCAAGCUCCGGAUGCGAGCGUGUUGUAUGUGGUGGCCGCGCAAUACUUCAACCCUAAGGUUGCCAUGUACCAACUGAACGAGAACGGAACAUUCCUCCAGUCCUUUGUCGUCGACGGCACGUGCGGCUCAACAGAGGACGUGCAUGUGAUUGAUCUGGACGGCGACGGCCGCAGGGAACUGCUCGUCAACACCCACCUCGGUGGCAAAGGCGGGUCUGUGUUUGCGUACGACCUGCCCUCGUCCCCUGCCGGUACCUAUCGCCGCCGCACCCUCGCCACCAACUUCCCCGUCACAGAGCCCGGCCCAAACCAGGCCUCCCCUGGCUUCCUCACCCCCUAUCUGCUGUCGUCGGCCGCGCCACGGCCCUCCAUCCUCGUGGCUGGCGAUGGCUCCCGUGCCGCCUACAACCUCUUUCCAAACGGCGACGCUUACAACAGAACGACAAUCGUGGACGUGAACGGCGUUGUCGGCGUUGUCGCAGCACACACUGACAAGGCUGGAGUGUUGCAGACUGCGUUUGUGCCAAACUACGACGGUGGCUCCAUCCUCGUAUACACCGUGAAGUAG